UGGUCUUCCAAAAAAAGACUAGAACGUGGGGCCAGGAGAGGAAGGUUUUCAUCCAGUUCUGUCUGGCUUCAGUGAUUUACAACAACUUGUGUUAAUCUAGUCAUGAUGACACUGUGUGGAGCCCUGAUCCUGUUCAUGACUGUGUCUACAGUGGGUGGAUUAAGAUGCUACACGUGCACAGCUUCAGACCCAAAAUCCUGUACAGACACCACAUCAUGUUCCGUCAUCUUCAACCGUUGUUUCUCUCUGAAGUUAAAGGGUUACAACAUUAUUACCAAGGGCUGCCAAACCAGUGUAGCAUGUGGCGGUGCUAUCGCUUGUUGUGAAGGAAACCUGUGCAACAAAACCAUUGUGACUGCUCCCAGUGUCAUCCUUGUGCUGGUGUCUUCAGCCAUCUUCAGACUUUUUCUUUGAGGCCCUGGAGAAACGACAGCUGAGAUUAUUUCUAUGCUGCACUUGUGCCUGCACUUUUGCCUUAACAAUAAACAACUUUUGAAUAUCAA